AUGUCAUCGUCAGGCAUCACAAUAACGGCAAAAAUUCAGUCUACAGCGGCAAACUUCUACCAGCAUGUCUACCAGCGUUCUUCUACUGCUGUAAGACAACAAAGAUCAAUCACCAAGCUGACCAAAAACAGAACACACGAACUGCAAACAGUGUCACGGGCCCAGUGAGCACCUCUGUCGGGAUCGGGGAUUCCCUGACCUGCUGCGGUGUUGUAAAAACGCGCGGGGGCUGAGGAGAGAGAUUUUCUGUCCUUUUCCCGUCGCUGUUACAGUGACACGGACAUCCCCAUUCCCAAAACCCUAGCCGUAGGCAUCCCCUUGUUAUAUUACCGUAGCGAUUUGGCUUAGGGUUAGGGUUAGGGUAAGAGUAGACCUGCCACAAGUCGGUCUCUUAUAAGUUCUUAGCGAGCGAAGCGAACGAGAAAAAGCGAGCUUCAACGAGGUCGCGCAGCGAGCCAGGGAGUCGCGAGGUCAAGGAAUAACCAACCAGGAAAAAAAAUUCAAAGGACUUUUAGAAAGUCUAGGGCAGGGGAUGCCUGUUGUUGUUGUAGCGACGUCUUUACUAUCUGAAGGCUGGGCCUCGACUGGCUAGGAAUUUCCCGCUUUUAAUUUAAAUUCCUGUUUUUAUUGGUCACGUUUAACCCGCUCACGCGCGAGGUCACACGUCCCACGCGAGCGUUUUGAAGAAUACCGAAUUUUGACAAAAUGAAUAGAAAGGAUUUACAGCUACGCUGUUACCGUGAUUUAAUAAAGUUAUACUGUGCACCUAUACUUUUAGACAAAAUUUCUGCGGUGAACUGAUUUCUUAAUAUCACUGUAGAAAAUUCUCUACCAGCGAAUAUAAUAGUGGGGCCGUGUAUGAGUAAUUUAGAAAUAAAAAAAAGUAUAAGAAGAAGAAAAGAAACCAACACUCACCUAUUUUAAAAAGGAUUCAAAUUUCAUGUAUGUAAUCGUGUUCGACAGGCUCUCUCCUGGGAAGGAUCGCCUCUGGCCGCAGCCUCAUUUCAGCUGGGUGACGAGCCGCUUCUUCUUCAUCUUCCUCAGCCUGCUCUUGUCCUUGCUCCACGAAAAUAUUGA